UUGAUAGAACUUUUUUUUUUAUAUAUAAUAUAUACAAGGAAAGGAAGAUAGCAUAGGGAACUUUGUGGAUUCUUAUAUAUAAAUCUGAAUGAAAACCAAAGGCAUUGUGACAUAUUCUUCUUAGAAGCUGCUGUGUGUUGAAUAAUUUCAAAUUUAAUACUGUUCUUCUAAGUCACCUAAACAGUUGUCUAAUUACACUGAUUCUGAAAUUGCUCAGGGUUUUUCCCAUCUUAGCCUGUUUUGCUGAGAUUUUGAUGCCCUGGAAAAAGACCACUGUGGUGCACUAGGCUUGCACAGGUUUAAGGUCAAAUAGCUUGCCAUAGUUAGGGCUUCUCAGCACAUGAUGCUUUUAGUUAAGUGCUCCCUAAAGACACAAAAAGUCUGCAUGGGUCUUCAGUGCACGCUCUGUUGUCUUUAAUCAGAUGCAUUAUAAGGAGUGUUGAAAAAACUAGUAACUGUCUCUUUUUAAGGAUGGAGAAUGACAGGGUGCCUCUACUCAUUAGCUUUGGAAAUAGAGUAAGAAUGGAAAAACAGAAUCUUUCUCUGCAGGUUGCAUCUCAAGCAGGGAAUCCUUUGGUAGAGUCUUAUGCUACGCAUUUUUGAAGCGAUCUCCAGAAUAAUCCAAGUGAAAGUAUUUUUAGCAUCUUUUUCAGUAUGGAAGAAAAUGCAUUUCAGAAUUGAGCAUGCUGUUCCAUUUUUUUAAUUAGUGAACACAAGUGAAAAUGAGUUAUGUUAGCCUUCUACUUAACCAAAAAAAAAAAAUCAUCAAAAAACAUUUUCUGUCCGUGCUGGAAUUGGACAGUUACUUGUCAUUUUAACAAAAAUGAUUGCUCAUUGUGAAUAAUCCUUGGAACAAAACUUGAAACAAGCUAGAAAAACUGUUCGAGAAUUCAAAUAGGAAGCCUAAAGAGAUACUAUGUAGGAUAACAGAUAAAAUGUUCUUCUGUUACAAGGAAAAGAUUGAAAAUUUUGCUAGGUCUGCUUUUAUGAGAAGAAAUAAGUCUACUGUUCAACCACAACAAAGUCAGGAGUCAUGGGAUACAGAUUCUUUACGUGAUAUUGUUACAGACUUAACUUUAUUCAGGUCAAUUAAAUCCACAUUGUUAAAGACAUUUAGACUCUUUGUUACUGUGCAUUGCUAGGCCUAAGCGAUUUAGGACUAUGACUUAAUCUAGACAAAAUCUUAGGCAAGUCAUUGUAAAUGUUGUAAGCCACUUCUGGCAUACUAAAUUGCAGUUAAACAAUAACAACCUGCAGUGAAGCCAGGCCUGCCUUCACUUUGUCAUAUUUGUAAUUGUCUGCAUCCUCUGCUGUGCUGCAUUCCUGCACUGAUGGUCCAGUGCCUAAUUGUGAGUAGCUGACUUAGGUCUUUUCUUAUUCCCUUGGCUUGGAAAACUAAGAUGACACAAUCCUCAUUCUUGUAACCAAAUUCAUUCUCUGCAUAGUUGUUCUUACUGUGUGCUUCAGAGACAUACUUCUUUCCAGGUAUCAGAAAACUGCACUGACAUUGUCUUUCAAUUGCAUGGCCUGACAGCUGUCCUGGGUUGAAACAUGGUAUGGUAGAAGUGAAUACUGACAACGAGUAUAUGCUAUGAAUCUCACAGCAGGUGGAGCUGUGAGUCAUAGUCAAGCCUGGAGCCCUUGCAAGGCCAAAGCAAAGACUUUCACAUCUCCAUUGCAAGGGGGUAAAGAACUGUAUUGCCCAUUGUAGCUAUAGAGGGAAGACCUGUCUCUGAUAAUAGGAAAUUGAACUGUAUUGUGUGGCUGUCCAGUCCCAGCUGAGAAACACAUGAGCAUUACACCUAUAGGUGAUGCUGGAUGAGAACAGCGCAAAUACCAGACUGUUUAUUAUCUUAGAUCCUCGUGGAGAUAAAAGGACAUUCAGAUGCAGAUGGAAGAAAGUCAGUCCUUAGCGACUGGGCCUGAAAUGAGCUACCAUUUGAGGAGGCAGUGUACAGACAGGUAUGUUGAUGUCUGCCAUGUGGUGAUGUCUGUCUCUCUUUUCCCCUCCCCCAGGUGCUGGGAAAGGUUGGGUGUUUGAUUGUAGCAUGGCCCAUCAGUCCUUGUUUUGCACUGCCUUUUCUGUGCCAUGACCUGACCCUGCCAUCCUAAUGUUAGUAGUUGCUAAGUGUAACAGAGACAUGCAAAUGUAGUGUCUUCUAAAAUUGUAAGACAACAACUCCGACUUGUCUAUUGUGUAAAUACAGGUUCUCUAACUUUGUAUGUCUUCUUUUCUUCUGUCUUGAGCUUUUUGUUAUCCUGCAGUAUUUCUUUGAAGCUCAGGAGAAGGUAAGCUUUAUUGCACUCCACGGUGCUUUGCUUCCCUGCCCUGGACAUGGGAGCAGUAUUGUUACCUUACUGUCUCCUUGUCCACUUGUCAGUGUCCGCCUGUGCUUGCUGUUAGCUGAGGAGGAGUCUUAGAUGACCAAGUCCCAUUUUUCAAAACGGGGAACAAUGCUGGAUGGUCACGCACAUACUGGUGUAAAGUUGUUUGCAGUUGUGCAAAGCGUCGUGUUGGCAGUAGAAGAUGUUCUCUUAGAGAAAGUGUGGUUAUGGUAUGAAUAUGAAGCAUAGCAAGUGAAAAGCUUUUUGGGGUCCCUUGUAUUUUUCUCUUCAUUCAGGUAGCUGAAAGUCUCCUUAGUUUACAGAGUCAAAGUUUUCUAAUUAACAGUCUAAAUCUAGAGACUUUUUUGUGGAAGGAAAAAUAUAAUUUAUUAAUUUUUCCUUUGGGUUGGAACCAUUUUCAUCUAUUUAUGGAAAUAAGAUUAAAGAAAAGUACUGCCUGAUACAACCCUCUAGUGCUGAUAUGUUUAAUGUACAUGGGAGGUUUUUAGAAAAUAGCAAAAAGAUUUUGAUUUUUUUUUUUUUAAUUCAGACAGUAAGUGUGUCUACUCUCAACGCUUGUGGAUUGAAAUAUACUUUUAAAUACUUUACAUAUAACUGUGAUGUUUGCAACUCACUAAACAUUGUUACAAGUUGUGCAUUGCCCCAUAUCUAUACAAAUAUCUAUAAAUUGAAGAAUGGACUCAAAUAAAAAUUGUUUUUUGUUGCUACUGAUCAGGGCCAGAUGGAAGGGAAGAGCUCCAUCGUUUGAAGUCACAGAGCAUGCCUCUGACACUAGUAGUACUAGCUGUUAUUGGAGAAUAAAAAGAACCUGAGUUUCUGAUUUUUCUUAUGCCGGUACUGGAAAGCAGUGUGGUGUAAGUCAUAUUUUGCCUGGCAAGAACUGCAUUUCUAACUUUGUGGAUUGCUUAUAUACUUCAAUGUUGAUUUCAUUGCUUUAUCUUUUUUAUUUUGUUUUAUAAACUUCAAUGUUCUAGAAAAAACAUUACUGACAGGUUAGUGAUAAGUCAUUUAUGCCUUUAAUGUUGACUUUUUGUCUCAAUUUCUGUCACUUUAGAAUUGGCCAAAUUUAAGAGAAAAAGAGAUGGGAACAGUGUAAUGGUGUGUAGAAUAGAUUGCACAUAUUGGAAACUGCACUUUAACUGACAAGUAUUUAUAAAAUCUGUAUGGUCUCAUUAACCAUGCUACCCCAAGUCUGGAAUCCUAUCCAAAUGAAAAUAGAAAUGCUUUGCUUUUCUGAGGCAUUAUACAUUGCAAGCUCAAAUUUCUAUGGAAGUUGCAAGAUCUGAGGUGCUUUUCAAAAUCUUGCCAAAGUUUCAGGGGAGGAAAGCAAAGAUAUCAAAUUAUCAUUAAGCUUUUAUCUUUCAAGGUGGGACUAUAGGGCACUAGGGAAGUGGCUUCAUUGCCAAACAGAUCAUCUUUCCUUUCAGAACCCUCCUACCCAGUUCCUGCCUAAUCCUUUUCUGACAGGGAGAAUAUAUUAAUAUGAGUACCCUGAGAAGAGUGAGUGUAGACCUGUGGCAUAAAAAAAAAAAGAAAAAGAAAAAAAGUUAGCUGGUAGAACUGUGACACGUGAUCUUGUGUUACAAUGAUGAUUAAAUGUCCUGACUAAAUCAGUGGUGAAUCACAAUUUUCAUACCUUCAGAUUCAAAUGGGUGAAAGAUACAAGAUGUCUGUCUUGAAAAGAUGAAUGGGAGGGAAUGCUCUAGGAGCGUUUCAUGGGUUGGAGAUGGGAGUAGCUCUUCAGGUGUACCUCCCUUCUGUGAGAUGGCUGUAUUGCUUUUCAUACUCCUGGUGUCAGUACAGCCUUACUGCUGCUCACAAGACACAGCCCUAGCCUGGGAGCCAAACUUGAGCUGCCUGUGAACUAUAUACAGCUGAAGAACCACUGGCUGCUCCUUCUUGUCACUUUUGUACCCUUUAUAAGUACAAAGCUGGAGACAACUGUAUAAAGGGGAACUGGUGGUAAAUACCUUUGAUUACUUAUACUAACACUGCAUGUAAGGUCUUUGGGUGAGGGUUUAUCGCAGCUAAUAUUUAUACAGGAUUUUGUAAAAGGCUUUUUCAGUCUAGCUCCCAUGUGCUGCAGCAUCAUCAUUGAAAAGAAGAAAACAAACUACUGCUCAGGGCUUUGGAAAAUGCUUAGUAAUUUACUGUCCAGUAAAAUGCUUAAGCAAAGUUUUCUAAUGUGAACUUUUCUAUGUGUGUGUUGGAGAGGGAGGAAGUUCAAACUCAUGAGGUAUGUUCAAUGCCUGUUUUUUUGCAGACCAGGCCCUUUAAAAAAAAUCUAAUAAUCGGGUUUUUCAGUAGUCACACUUCACUUUAGAGAACUGGACUCUGUUUUUUCUUGUCUGCUAUCAGUUUGAUUGUUUAAUCAAACUAACAAAGAAUCUUAAGGAGUUGUAAGAGGAAGUAGGCCUCUUAAGAUUUGAAUGGGUGGAUUUUACAGUAAGCAUGUCCUGCAUUUUAGAGAAAUUGGCAUUUUUGUUUCUAUGUUAUGCUGUGGUUGUGUUCUCUGUGACGAUUAGAAUUAAUUCCAAACCAGGCUGAUGACCAACUGACUUGAGCCAAUUUUUGCUGAAAGCAUUGCACAAGAGGUUUGAAGUAAAAAGUUUGGAGGCAUGUGACACUUAAUCUCUUUAGCAGUAAGAAUGAAGUUUAAGCAUCCUGUUCGGAAAUUUACUCUGUUCUGUGCUGCUUUUUGUUUUAAUUAACGAGCUUUCCUCCUGCAUAGUGUAAACUUCUUUGCAAUUUAGUCCAAUUAAAUCUUGCUUAGAGACUGUCAGUGGAAGGGGGUGCCUCCCCCCCCCCCCUUUUUUAAUUGUUCAGUUAGUCUGUUGGAUAAUGAAAGAAUUUGCCUGACAGGGUUUUGUAGUGUUUUGUCUGCUUGAUGAAUUACCACGGAGGAUAGACCGCAGUCUUUUUUGUCCAACAUGCUUUUGAAUGGUUCGGCCAACUCCUCCGAAAGUGACAAUGAAGCUCAUUCAGCCUUUACACAGACUGAGCACAACAUAGUUGCAGCUUACUUAAUAACAGCAGGAGUGAUAAGCAUUUUCAGUAACAUUGUUGUGUUAGGCAUCUUUGUUAAGUACAAAGAGCUUCGGACAGCAACCAACUCAAUUAUUAUCAACCUGGCUUUUACUGACAUUGGUGUUAGUGGCAUCGGUUACCCCAUGUCUGCUGCCUCAGACCUGCAUGGAAGCUGGAAAUUUGGAUAUACUGGAUGCCAGAUCUAUGCUGCCUUAAAUAUCUUUUUUGGGAUGGCAAGUAUUGGUUUGCUUACUGUUGUUGCAGUUGACCGUUAUCUGACAAUCUGCAGGCCUGAUAUAGGAAGAAGAAUGACUACCCGUAACUAUGCCACUCUAAUCAUUGCUGCUUGGAUAAAUGCAGUCUUUUGGGCCUCCAUUCCUACUGCAGGCUGGGCUAGCUAUGCUCCCGAUCCAACUGGAGCAACGUGCACAGUAAAUUGGAGAAAAAAUGAUGCGUCCUUUGUUUCCUACACAAUGAGUGUAAUUGCUGUUAAUUUUGUUGUACCCUUAACAGUCAUGUUUUACUGUUAUUACAAUAUUUCUCGGACAAUGAAACAAUAUACCACCAAUAACUGCUUGGAGAGCAUCAAUAUAGACUGGUCUGACCAAGUAGAUGUAACAAAGAUGUCUGUUGUGAUGAUUGUGAUGUUUUUGGUGGCAUGGUCUCCGUAUUCCAUUGUGUGUUUAUGGUCUUCCUUUGGAGACCCAAAGAAGAUUUCUCCUGCAAUGGCCAUCAUAGCUCCUCUGUUCGCAAAAUCUUCCACAUUCUAUAAUCCCUGCAUUUAUGUUGUUACAAACAAAAAAUUUCGGAGGGCAAUCUUGGCAAUGGUGCGAUGUCAGAGACGACAAGAGAUAACUAUAAACAAUGCCUUGCCCAUGAGUGUGUCUCAGAAUGCGCUGACAUCAUAA